AUGGUGUUCGAGUCCCUGGUGGCAGAUCUUCUAAAUCGCUUCCUUGGCGAUUUUGUCGACAACCUCGACGCCUCGCAACUUAACAUUGGCAUUUGGGGAGGUGAUGUGAAAUUGGAAAAUCUAGAAAUCAAAGAAACUGCACUAGAUGAUCUCGAUCUACCUAUUAAACUAAAAUUUGGCUACUUAUCUACCCUAAUACUCAAAAUACCAUGGAAGAAUCUGUACAAUGAACCUGUGAUAGCCAACAUCGAUGGUCUACAUCUUAUUGUGGUUCCUAACAAAGGUGUCGUAUACAAUGAGGAAAAGGCGAAGAAAAAUGCGGCCGAUAUCAAGCAAAAGACACUGGCUCGAUUGGAGGAGGCUCGCAAAAAUCGCCGAAAGCCGCCAGAUCCAGCUCAGGACUCGUUUGCAGAGAAAAUGGUCACUCAAGUGAUAAAAAACUUGCAGGUAACUGUGUCUAAUAUCCAUGUCCGUUUUGAAGAUAAGUAUACAAAUAGACAUCGUCCCUUCGUGGCUGGAAUCACCCUCGAAAGGCUUGAUUUCCAAACAACGAACGAGAACUGGAUCCCUACGAUUCACAGAGAUGUUGUUAAAAUUUUCCAUAAACUUGUUCUGCUUGACAACUUGGCUGUCUACUGGAACUCGGCUGCAGAAUUGUUCUCUGAUCUGUCCGAUAAAAAGGAGAUCCGUCGAUUACUCCAAGCCACAAUUCACAAUGGGAACAAUAAGCCUGAGGGUUACAAAUACAUUCUGGAGCCGAUUAAAAUGCAAGCGAAGUUGAAGUUGAAUCAAAAGCCAGAAUCUGAUGGAACGGACUGGAAAACGCCAAAGAUUGAUCUCUCUGUCGAUAUGGAAACAUUAGCAUUAGCCAUUGGCAAGUUCCAAUACCAAGACAUCUUGCUGUUUCUUGAAGCGCAAGAAAGGUUCAAUCUCGCAACACAAUAUCUCAAAUACCGCCCGAAUCUCAACGAAUAUCAUGGCCAUUAUAAGGAAUGGUGGCAUUUUGCCUACACGGCUGUACUGGAAGAGAAAGUUCGUCGACGAAGAAAUAACUGGUCAUGGCCUAGAAUGCGUGCCCACAGAAAUCUCCUCCGUGAGUAUCGAGACGCAUGGUUACACGUACAGACUACAAGAAACCCCUCAUCAGAGUUCACGGACCUCAUAAAGCAGGCUGAAAUGGAUAUAGACCGUAAGGGAUUGAAAAGAGUCGAAGAUCAACCACAAGGAUGGCUUGCGUGGGGAGCAAGUUGGUUCGGAGGCGGAGACAGUGCUAAGCCAGCUCACAAGAAAUCACCCAAAGAUUUCGCUGCCCAGUUCAAUGAGGCGAUGACACCUGCAGAAAAGGAAAAGCUCUUCGAAGCCAUUGACUAUCAGGAAAAUAUGCCGCCCACUAAUUAUCCCAAGGAAUUUGUGGAGAACAGGGUUGACUUCCGUUUGAAGCAGGUGGCGAUAAUUGUUGAUGGUGCUGUAUCGCUCAGUCUGCUCGACUUGAAGGCACAUUUGGAGCAGCGUCCGAGCGCAAGUGCCAUAAACUUGCUGUCGUCGAUCCAAGAGCUCAAAAUGGACGGCUGUGGAACAGAAAUGCUACGAGUAAGAGAUCCAUCAAAGCCUUGGUUGAAAAUGUGUGUGGAUACCAAUCCACUUCAUGGAAAAUACGACCAGUCGGUGGAAUUAGCAAUUGCUCCUAUCAACUUGAAGUAUCAUGCGCCUGCUGUGAACGCUGCUGCUGAUGUAUUCAAACCUCCUGAGUCGGUCAAACUGAACCAGUUGGCUGCAGCCGCGAUGUCUCGGUAUGAAGAGGUCAAAGCACGCUCUGUAACUGGUCUGGCACAUGCGGUUGAAAAUCGCUCUCGUCUUGUUUUGGAUAUUCAAAUUCAACCUGCUACGAUCUAUGUUUCCGAAGGCGGCAUUUACGAUCCUCAGAAGCCAACCAUUCUUGCCGAUCUCGGUCAUCUCAGUAUCACAACGGUGGAAAGUGACCCUAAAGCUAUAGAGGGGCAGGACAAACUUCAUCAGCUGAUGGAUAAAGCGUAUGACAAGUUCCGUAUGAAGCUCAGCAAUGUGGUGGUUUGUAUGGCGGAUGAUGUAAAAUCAGGCCGCGCGGCUUUAUCAGAUAAGGAUAGUCCGCUGCAUGUUCUAAAGCCAACAGGACUUGAUAUUCAAUUCCAUAAAUGUUCGAUUGACGAUCUGAGAUUACCAAGGAUGCGCCUAAUGGGUGCGUUGCCAGAUAUUGUUGUGGGAAUAUCAGACACUAGAUUACUACUUUUAACUCGAGUCUUGUUGUCAAUUCCAACGCCAGAACCCGAUCCACAAGAUGCUGCUGCUGCUGCUGUUGAGGAAAAGGUGGCUGAAGACAUUAAUAUCAAAGCACGCGCAAAAAUGAAGACUAUUAUGGAGGCGCAAGAGAUAGAAGCAGACGAAGACAAAAAGGAAGAAGGAAAGGAGGCAGAUGCCGAGAAAGCCAAAAGCUCUGAGCAACAAGUUCAAGUUGAAUUGGACCUUCACUUGGAUCAGAUUGGUCUUGUUGUCAUGCGAGGAAACGAUGUGUUGUGUGAUGUCUCUAUUGUUCGAAUGGGAUGCAAGUUACAGAUGAGAACAUUCGACAUGGUUGUGAACGCUGAGCUGGGUGCAAUACGUGUUUCGAUGCCACUGUUCAAGUCCUUGGAUCCUAACAAGAAGAACUUAUACAUCAUCGAUAACAACGAAGAGGAAGGGUCUCUCAUGACUUUGAAGUUUGUUCAGGCUAACCCUGAAUCACCUUUCUUCGUAACUGAAUACCAUUCAACAGAGCAGGCAAUUGAUUUCAAGUUCAGAAAAUUGAAUAUAGCCCUUCAUCAGGAAGGUUUGAUGGAGUUGAAAAUGUUUGGAGAAAAAAUGCAAUCGGAGAUCAAUGCUCUACAGAAAGGAAAAGAAACCCAGGUCGACGAUGCCAUCCAGACUGGGCGCAAGCUCAGUCGACAAAUUAGCUCCAGCGUGCAAUCUCUGGCGUCCGUCCAGAACCAAGCUCAGAAGGUUGGAACGGGUGCAAGGAAGAGACGUGUGCGUAGUGUUUCAACGGAAGAGGAGGAUCGCAACAUCAAAAUGCGGUUGCAAGCAUCCAUUGGUAGUUUGGCUUUGGUGAUCGGGACCGAAAAAGCCAUCGAUACAUUGGUUGCUAUUGAAAAUAUUAACACUGAAGUGAAAAUGACAGUUAAAGCGAUGGAUGUAAUUGCCACACUGAAAACUGUGAGAAUGGAGGAUAUGACCGAAGGAGCACUCUACCGCAAGCUGCUCUCGGUGACUGGUGAUAAGGAGAUGUUGCGAUUUGAAAUGAAACAGUACCAGCGUAAUGAAGAGCAAAAGAAACUCAUGCGACCGGAUGAUGUUGAUAUGAGAGUAAAGGUUCGAUUAGCUGAGCUGCGUUUUGUGUUCCUCAAUCUAUGGCUUUCUCGUCUGAUGGCUUGGAGUGCACCGUUCCAAGAAGAAGCAGCUAAAGCGGCCGCAGCUGCUCAAGCGGCGGCAUCCGAAAAGGCUCAGGAAGCUGCUCAGAAUGUGAAGCAGAUGAUGGCUGAGAAUCCGCCACGCAUUCAGCUUGACGUACAACUUGAGGCACCCGUCAUAUUGAUCCCACAGCUAUCUGUCAGCCGUAAUGUAAUCGUGGUUGUGCUAGGUAGACUCAUUGUUAACAAUCAUAUCACCGGAGAUGCAAAGAAUUCCAAAAUUAUAAUUGAUCGAAUGGAGGUGAAGCUACUGGAUAUGAAAUUUGGAAUAGGUACUGUAGAUGAAGAUGCAUCGAAGCUUAUGGGUACAUGUGAUAUACUGCAGCCAUUGUCUUUCAAUAUUGCUGUUCAUAGGAAUCUGGUGUUCUCUAUCUGUAAGGAUCUUCCUGAGAUUACCGUAGAUGCACAAAUUCCCUCACUUGCUGUAAAUAUGUCGGAGAAUGAUUACAGCACUCUGAUGCGGACUCUCAGCGGAAAUCUCGCGGAAGGAAACGUUGUUGAUGAACCACCACCUCCAAUGCCAGUUUCCACGAUAUGCGAAACGGCCGAAGAGGCAGAGACGGAGGAUAAAACAGACGAGAAGGGUAGCAAGGAGAAAAAGAAAACUACUACAACCACUGGUUCCAGCGCUUCAAAGGAACCAAGCACGCCUGUAGAGGUAGCAAAGCCGAGAAUUGUUUUUCAGUUCUCCAUGGAUCAGAUCGUGGCUGUGCUAUAUACAGGUGGCAACGAGCAUUGUACUACCAAACGGCCGGAUGAAAAUGCUUUCGCUUCGAUGAAACUACUCGGUCUGAAGCUCAGUGGUUCGAUCAAGGAGGACAACUCGAUGAAUGUGGCACUAUCAAUGAACACUUUCACGAUGUCAGAUGAACGUCAUGCUCAGACUAAGAUUCAUCAGCUGCUCGAUAAGAAGUCGAGCAACGAGAAUGAACGGUUCAUAGCGUUGGCGUUUUCUCAGGAUGCUGAACAGAACAAAAAUGUGAAGCUGAAAAUGACGGCAUUCUUUAUCUGUCUGUGCCCAGAGUUCUUGGGUUGUCUCUCACGUUUCUUCACUGUAACCCAAUCUCCUGAGCAGAUAGAGUUUGAAAAGGAUGCUCUAAAAGCCGCGAAAGCGAAGCAGAUCAAGCAAGGCGCUUCUGACACCGCUACUUCGAAGGAGGCUGUCAAAACACCGACAAUGGUUCUGGAUUGUAACAUGCAGGGAGUCGAAGUCAUCUUGGUUGAGAAUUCAAUGGAACCCGAUACUUCUCAAGCUCUGAUUUUGUCGUUUAACAUGAAAAUGGUUGCGACUCCAUCUCCGAAGGAACAAAUCAUGAGAGGAGGUGUAGAGGAUUUGGCUAUCUUUAGCUCUUACUAUGCUCCAUGGAGGAGGAAUGAAAUAACUUAUGAGGUGCUAAAACCUAUGAAUAUUGGGAUCGAUAUGACUGUAGACAACUCAAAAAGUUCGACCUAUGUGGUAUUGAAAAUGUCACCUAUGGAAAUUCGAAUGGCCCCUUCGAUUAUACGUCUUCUCUCGACCGUGAAUGCUGAAUUUGCGAAGAGCAGUGCAGUGGGUGAUACUAGUUCGUCAUCGUCUGAUAAGAAGCUACCGUCGUUCCCCAAUUACUGGCGAGCUAGGCGUAUUGAACAGAAAAAGUUCUGGUUUUAUGAUGUUCCAACGGCUGAAGAAGCUUGUUCGGAAGAGCGGGAUCCUUCUGAAGCUCUCGAUCUACCUAAAGCCUCUAUAGAGAAUGCCCAUGUUGAAAUCGAACGCAUGAACUUUACCCUUGAAGCGGGAUCUAGCGCGAUUCCUGUCCCGCUGAUUUUCAUGCAAAUGCUGGUCAAAGCUGAAGCAUCCAAUUGGUCAUCAGCGCUGCAAGCUUCCGCUAAUCUUUCUUUGCAAAUGUCCUACUACAAUGAAUCGUUGAGCGUUUGGGAGCCCGUGAUUGAGCCUGUGGAAAGCGCAACGGAUAACUGGAAUCCGUGGAACCUCACAAUGAAGGUCAAAGGGCGCGACAAGAACGUUCCAGGAGACAUGAGCCCUGGAAUGGAUGUGAAGAUAGACGCCGAAGAUGUGAUGAAUCUUACUGUAACAAAAACAUUCAUCGUGCUGUUAAAUCAAAUCUCCAAGGAGUUUGCUAAUGCUGCGAAAGAGAGCAGUCCACCUCUUAGUCGACAUCUUCCUGGUGUGUCCCCGUUCCUGGUGCUCAACGAAACUGGCAUUAUUAUCAAAGUGGCCGAUUCCGAUACUGUCCAGGUAGGUGGAGAUGGCGAAGAAGUCGAAGCACCGCAUGGCAUGUUUGUUGAUUUGAAAAUGAGCAAGGAAACUACAGCAAAGGCAGCGGAAGCGUCAGACAAGGAGCGCCUCAGUUCUAACCAAACCGAGCUUAGCGCAAGCAUACGGGUAAACCUUCUCGAUACGGUGAGGGAGUUGAAGAUCGGUCGUGCUGACAAGGUUGCCAUACCUUUGCCGAAGAAAAGCGAUGCCGGAAAACAGUGGAAGAUUAUUGCGGACACAACGAUCGAGAAUGGGCGGCGCAUCAUUUCGUUCAAGCCUCAUGUUAAUGUGACGAACCAUCUUGAAAUUCCCAUGGAGUUAUACGCGAAAAAUGGUUCAAACUUGGACUUAAAUGGUUCAAACUUGGACUUGUUUGGAACAGUCGCUCCGGGUGAAAUUCUCUACGCGAAAAAUGGUUCAAACUUGGACUUGUUUGGAACAGUCGCUCCGGGUGAAAUUCUCCAACUGGCUGUCCCACUUCUGUAUUCCCCAACAGGAGAAAUUUUCUUCAGACCAGCUAACGACAAAUGUGAAGUCAGCUUUGAAUCAGUCACUUGGCAUAACUUCACGCACAAUCGAAGACAAAUGAUCAGAUGUGACUUGAGCGAAGAUACCACUCAAGGGUACUUUUUCGAGACUGUUGUGCAUGAGGAACGAGUACGUGAAGGAAUCGACCAGCAAACUGAAAUGUAUUCGAUGCAUAUUUAUCCUCCAAUGCAAUUCCACAACAUUCUUCCAUUCCCGAUUACAAUAGAAAUGCCAGUUGCAUUGGAUUUGCAGCCAGGAGAUUGUACCCUACUCAAUAUGAUCCCGGGCCAUCGCCUACGACUUUGGGCGCCUUAUCUAGGGGAAAUGUACUCGCUUGAUAUGAAGAUUCCGGAAGUCAAGAAGGACCUCGAAGUGGUUGCGCUGAACACCGACAGUGGCUCGUCGGAGCUUCUCCUUGGACUGCACUGGAGUACGGACCACGGGGAUUUGAAGGUGUAUCUGUACGCUCCAUUCUGGAUGGUGAACAAUACUUCGAUGACACUCAAACAUAUGGAAUUAGAAUAUGCCGUAAAGCACCUUGCCGAGGAGAAUCCUCUGAUUCUCCCAUUCCCCAGCACCGACUUCACACACAAGAAAAAGUCUCGUGUGUUGGUGGAUGAACCAGGCUGUCAAUGGUCGGAAGAACUCCCACUUGAUACGGUUGGUAACCCGGCUAGAGUCGUCUGCAAAGGAAAAGACCGAGAUUAUGAGUUAACUGUCGACAUCAAAUUGUGCCAGUCGGGAUUGACAAAGAUCGUUUCAUUCUGCCCAUUCUUCUUGGUCUCGAAUCUCAGCAAAUGGGAUAUGGAAGUCAAAGAAGAAGGACAGAGCACUUGGGUCAGAGUUCCGGCUGAGAAGUGUGUGGGGAUAUGGCCGCAACAGAACUCGAAGCGAAAGUUCUUGUGCGCGAGGUACGCAGGGCAACAGCAAGAGUCAAUAUUGUUCCCGAUCACCGAGAACUUCGAGACACUUUGUCAUCUCGAUAAUGACCAAGUUGGAAUAGAGGUAUGUGUAUCCACAUCUGAUUCGUCGGUCUCCGUCCAUUUAUCCCCCUUCCAACAAGGAAUGGCUCCAGUGUGUGUGAUGAAUAGUCUCAAGAUGCCUGUCACAUUCGGACAAAAGGGGCACGAGAUGAAGACGAUUAAUAGUAAUGAAAUGAUGUACUUUACGUGGUCCAGUGUUACAAGAGACAAAAUAAUGGAGUAUAAAGUUGGAAACCAUACCGGUGAGGAUAGACUUGACCAGAAUCAUUUUGCCGAUCUACAGCCGGACCCCAAUGUUAGAAAGUUCGUAUAUAUCGCCAACUUCCUGAUAGGAAGGCAGCGGAUAAUGCUGUUUACUAAUGACUUGGACAUUGCCCGUUCUGCUUAUGGAUCGUGGGAAACGGAUAUGGUUGAUAUGCAAGUCGAAUUAGCGCUUCAAGGAGUGGGCAUAUCCAUCGUGGACAACAAUAUUGGCAAAGAGAUACUGUACAUCGGAAUUUCGUCAUCGGACAUCCUUUGGGAAGAGGAAGUCAAAAAAGGGCGAUUCAAACCGUUUGCAGUCAAGAUGAUGCAAGCGCUAGAAGAGAAAUAUCAGGAGCAUCUUCUUGCGCCGACGAAUGAAUAUCACCAAGUUGACCAGUUUGAAGCCUCAUUUGAGUACAUGAUAAUGAAGAAGAAAAAGGGUAAAGAAGUGAAAAUUCGCCGAAUAUUUGAGAAAGGUAUCUGGGCUAAUUACGGAAAGAGUGCAGAGCGAACACGACUUCAUUUGAAAAUCAAUCAUGUGCAGGUUGACAAUCAGCUCGAAACCUGCGUUUUCCCGCGAGUCCUGGCAAGAGUUCCACCUCCAAAAAGUAUUGUAGCGGAUAAUGCUCCGAAGCCAUUCCUCGAGUUGUCGUUCUUACAAAGGCAGUCAGAAUUCUCAACAGUACCUGAAGUGGAAUACGCUCGAGUUCUGAUCCAAGAAUUUGCCGUACAAGUAGAUCAAGGUCUUAUCAAUGCCCUUUUGGCGUUGAUUGCGUCAGAAGUCAACAAGGAAGCUUACUCGAGGGGACCAUUCGAAAGCGAUAUGGCAACAGCUAUGGUUCGGUUAGAAGACACUGCCCAGCAGCAUCGAUCACAAAAACCAAAAGCCUUUUAUAAUGAUCUGCAUAUUUCACCGCUUAUGAUCCAUCUUUCCUUCUCCAUUGGCGGAACCACUGGUGAAACCGAAAGCGGAGCAGCGAUGCCCAUUCAAUCCGAGUUCUUCAAAGUUCUGUUCCAGAGCAUAGGAGUUUCUGUCACUGAGCUUCAGGAUGUAGUCUUCAAACUUGCUUACUUCGAACGAAAAUGUGUAUUCUAUUCUACUGAUCAACUGAAUAGUGAAAUAAUUUCGCAUUACACCAAGCAGGCAUUGCGUCAGAUGUACGUGCUGGUUCUCGGCUUGGAUAUUAUCGGUAAUCCGUUCGGUCUAGUACGAGAUCUUUCGGCUGGAGUUGAAGAUCUGUUCUAUCAACCGUUCCAAGGACUCAUUCAAGGUCCAGAGGAAUUCGCUUCGGGUGUUGCCUUGGGUGUUCAGUCGAUGUUUGGACAUGCAGUUGGUGGUGCAGCCGGUGCAGUUGGUCGAAUUACUGGAACUGUAGGUAAAGGUAUCGCAGCGCUUACAUUCGACCAGGAAUACCAGAGGAAGCGUCAGGAAGAUUUGAACCGUCGCCCUCAGACAUUUGGCGAAGGAAUGGCGAGAGGAGUGAAAGGCCUUGGUGCAGGCGUCAUUGAUGGUAUAACCGGUAUUGUGACGAAGCCGAUUGAAGGCGCUAAACGAGAAGGUGGUCUGGGAUUUGUCAAAGGUGUUGGAAAGGGUCUCAUCGGAGUUGUCACUCGACCAGUAUCUGGUGUAGUCGACUUUGCCAGCAGUACAAUGCAUUCAGUACGACGGGUAGCAGGAGCAAAUGAAGCUGGAGCACUUCGUCCUCCACGAGUGAUACGUCCCGAUCAUAUCAUUCGACCAUACAGCUAUCAUGAUGCACUGGGAUUCAAAAUCUUCAAUGACACUGAUCGAGGAGAGCUUGCUGGAACCGAUGAAUACAUCACUUAUGCGCAAAUCACGGACAAAAUCGUCUUGUUGGUUACCAAUGCACAACUGGUUCUAGCCAAGCGUACGGAUCUAAUGGGCACGUGGGCCACCGAUUGGCAGACGGAGUAUGACAAAAUGAAGGAGCCGAUUUUCGUCGAGAAGGGAAUCAAAAUUAUUCUCAAGGAGAAGAAACGUGGAUUUUUGGGAAUUGGUUCAACUGAAGGAAAGAUUAUAACCUUCGACAAUGCCGAGGAAAUCCAGCAAAAAGUGUUAGCAGCCUACAAAGCGGCUACCCAGUUGCCUCAAUAA